AUGUGUAUUUGGAGAACUAUUCUACUGCCAUGUGAUGGGAAUAACUGGAAGGAUAUAAAGCACAUACUUACACGUAUAAUUCGGGAAAAAUUAUGUUUGUCCGAAUCUUUGCUUUUGUUAGACGUCGUUAGAAACUUGUUUCAUGGCUCCACUGACCCAAACGAGCUUACGAAUAUUUUGCCUAUUCACAGGGCAUACGUAGCCCUGGGGAAUUUUAUUUUCCUUCGUAUGCAUCAAGAAGAAAGGAAACACUUCGAGACAUUUGUAUUCCCUUUUAUUAUCCACUGUAUAGUAAUUAGUGAGCAGUUAACGUUUAAAUAUAGAUCUUUACAAAGUCUCCAGAACCAAAAAUGUAUGUUACUACCUUAUGACCUCGCGUCUUCCAUCAUUGCAAGUUCGCUCCUUUGUCUUUUGCCUGUAAACCCUUUAUCCAACCAGUGGUUAGAUGAUGUCAACUUUACAUACGUGUUUUUAAAUAUUUUAAAUAGUCAAUCCUCCGAACCAAACAAGUUGCGGUGUGUAAUUUCCUAUCUUGAUUACUGUCGAUCUUCCAAGCUACUAUCUUCAAAAGGCCUUCUAAUAUCACGUCGUGUCUGGUCACAUUUGGAUCUACUAAAAUGCAUAUCAGCAGAUCUUACGACAAAUCAUGACUUCGAGUCAACGUGCGAUCAUUUGAUGAACGUCCUAUCGUCUACUCACCUUCCAUAUUUAUUAGUUGAUAACACAUUAACAAGUGAUGAAAUGGCUUUUAAGACACAUCUUCCAGUGGUUCAUUUUAUGGGUUCUCGUGUAGGAGGGGAAUUAUUGAGUGGGGGCAUAUCACAAACUGCGCAUUUGUUCUCAAAAUACUCAGAUCUAAUCGCUGUUAUUCCCUUAUGUCCUCGUUUGGUAGAUGGUGAAACUCUUUGGGUGGAUCAUGUUCGAGGACCGUUCCUACCUCAAGCUCUUGGGCUUUCUGUGAAAACUGAUUACUCUUUUGAAAAAGCUGUUAAUUGGAGUCGCUUUAUUUUGCUAAACAGUAAUCAGUAUCCAGCAUGGAUGUCUGAGGUCCAAUAUUCUGCCCAGUGUUUGGUUAGAGAGAUUAUUCUAGUCUCCUCUGGUCUCUUUCCCAACGAACUAAAGUAUAACAGUGACCUUAUCCGCCCCAGUCUUUUCAGUCAUUUAUGGUGGGACUAUCUUACUUCCAAACCAGAUGUCCAGUCCCAAUAUGUAAAGAAUAGGUCAAUCGAACCAAGUAAUCCAUCAAUUUACUUUUGUAACACCGAAAUAAAAUGGAUACAAACCAAUAUCACUAGUGAUAUGUUAAAAUUUGUUGAUAAAUUCGUCUGCGGAAUUAUGCGUGAUAUUCAAAAUACCAUAAAAAUGAUGCAAGUCAAUAAAUCAUCUCGUAAUACAAACAAACCUGAUUCAUUAUCACAACAAUCUCAAAAUACAUAUGAACAUAAAUCAUCAGUCCAGUCCACUUUAAAUGUAGUAAACUCCCUAUUAGAUAUAAGCAAAAUCGAUAACAGACUAUACGGCAAUUUUGGUCGAUUUACCACAAAUCGUCCCGAUUCUGGAAAUAUGACCACCUCCAAUUGUUCACCUCAAGCCAACUGUUUUGAACAUCCGGAUGUUGAUAAAACAGUUGUUUAUCAUUAUGCUGAUGAAUUAGUAGGAGAACAUUUAGAAUAUAGCCAACAGCUAUCCGCUUUACAUACUCAUCAUUUGUAUACAUAUGUUGAUAAAUUAAUUUCCAAUGUUCUCCAAAAUGCCAACAAAUUGAUGAGUUGGUCGAAUCUACUGUCUAAGCAAAUACUUAGUGAAGUCAAAUAUUCAUGUAUGUCCCAUGAUCGUAAUAAUGGUUCCAAUAUGAUGAAGUCAAUGAACGGUGAUAUGGCUGUUGAAUUUAAUAAAACAAAUUCUAUUAUUAAUGUUGCCAAUAACCGGUUACAUGAAGAUUAUCAUAUAGAUGAAAAAUCUCCACAACAUCAGAUAAAUCAACAGAAUGGUUCUUUCAAAUGUGAGAAGAAAUGUCCCACAGAUUAUCUAGAUGAAAAUCAGUCUCAUCAAAUCUUAAAUAAGUAUCCAUCUCCAGAGUUAUGUCAUAUGUUUUCAACACAAACAAAUAAUUCUUCAUUAGUUAAGGAUACUAAUGAACAAUACAUGAAGACACAUUCGAUUAAAUACUCAAACCAAUCAAUAUCAAGUUGUAUAAAUUCUGAAAAACUGCUGUCUACCCAACCCGAUUCCAUUACGAAUGAUCUACCUCAUGUUUUCAUUUCAGAAAGACUCUUCAAAUUUUCCAAUAGUAUAGCUGUACAAUGUCUUAUUUCAGCAUUUGGGGAAAUUUAUGUCCAAAGAAUGUCUUAUCAUUUGAAUAAAAGUCCUUCAAGAAAUACAACUCCUGACUUAAUCAUGAUCAACAAUAAUCAAGAUCCAUCGAAAUUAAAUCAAUACAAUCAUUCGAACAUACGACCUCCAGGUUUAAUAUUAGAUUGUGGGCUAGAAGAAUAUUCCUCCAACUAUUACGCAGAUCCACAACUACGUAUUUUAAUCCAAUGGAUAUCAGCUACACUAGUUUAUAAUUCUCCUUGUUCUAAAUUGAGUUAUUUAGGUAGUAAAAUGAAUUCAUUAUCGGACGAGAAUCAAAAUAAUGAUAAUAGUGAUUUAAACAAGGAAUUAAAAAAUCUCAAAGAUGAAAUUUCUAUGGAGCACUCAUGUUCACCUUUGGUUUGUUGUACAAAUGGUAAUUCAAAAUUAAAAGAGCUUCAAACAGUUGUUUCACUAGUAUACAAAGCUUCAUGGACUGGUAAAGAUUUAUUCAAUGCCAUAUUGAACUAUUUUCAUUAUAGAUCUGAACAUUUAAAACUUUCAAGUAAUAAUAAUAAUCAUGGUACUUAUUUCAAUUUUCGAAAUAUAUCAAUACCAGAAGAACAAUCUAAAAGAACCAUUUUAUCUUUAUUUGAUUAUCUUAUUCAACAGUUACCUCACAGUGUUUCACAAUAA